GAAAACCGCGGUUAGACCUGCAAAAACUCAGCUCGGACCGCGAUUUUCUCGGUUCUCACUGCGGUAUUUGCAAACCGCGGUUUUCGCCGGUUUCAAAAACCGCAUAAAAGGUCUGACUUUCGCGGUUUAUGAAACCGCGGUUUUUUCUUGAAAAAUUUUUCCGUGGGUAAAUGUCGACACGAUAGGUAUUAUAUGCAAAAAAAGAAAAAGUCAUGCUAUGGAAAACAUUAUUUUAUGUUUAAGUAUAUAUUAUUGUGAAUCUCUUGUAAUUAUAUUUGUUAAUUUUAGAGAAAGACCAUGUCAUUUUAAUAUACAAGAUUAUGAAAAAUUUGGACAAUGUAUUUGUAAAUCAUUAAAACAAUAUAUAGAUGUUCUAUACGAUUCAACACGAUUAGAAUCAAUUUUAAUGGAUAUAACAAAAAGUGUUCUUCAUCGAUUAGAUAAAGAUAAAAUUCCAUUUGGAUUAUUAUCUUCUAUUUAUCCUGAAGAAAAACAAUCAAAUGAAUCAAAAAUAGGACUUAAUUCAAUAAAUAAUUGUUUAGAAAUUUUAACACAAUGUCAUGAAACUCUUAAUGAUCAAGAUGGUUCAAGUUCAAGUGAUUCUGAUAGUGAUCCAGAAGGUGGUGAAUUACCUGAUAUAGGAUAUACAAAAGAAAAAUCAUUAACAAAAAAAAAAUCAAAAAAAAAACGAUCUGAUAAAGCAAAUGAAGAACAUCUUCAAAAAUUAAAUCGUAAACGUCAAGGCAAAAAUGCAUAUAAUAAUCAGCAUCAAAUACAUGUAUCGUAUCCAUUUACAACAGAUAUUGAUAUUAAUUCACAACUAAAAUCUACACUUGCUGUUGAUCAGAUGGAUAAAGCAACUCGAAUAAUACCAGAACGAGGUUCAUUAUUUACAAGUAAAUAUGCAAAACGUACUGGACAUGGAUUACCUAUUUUUACAACUGAACGUGCAUUAGAACGAAUACAUCAGAAAAGUAAUUCUGUUUUACAAGAUAUGAAUUAUGAUCAACAAUUGACUGAUGAAUAUGAUACUGAUGUUGGAACAGGAAUUUUUUUAACAAAAAGUAAUCGUUCACAAGUCGAUAGUUCAACAAUAAUUGAUCAAAAUCAAAAUGUAAAACGAACAAGUUCACUUGUUUCAUUUCAACAUAAUGAAUUAAAUAAAAAAUCAUCGGAUAGAAUAAUGUCAAAUACAAUAUUAUCAUCAUCAUCACCAACAUCUCAAUAUGUAAUACAAAAACGAUUACAAAAUAUUAAUCGUAUUCAACAACAAAAUAAUAAAUCAUUAAAUAAAAUUGAAAAUGAUCAAAUAAGUAAUAUAUCACCAUCAAUAAUAACAAUGCCACAUUUAAUGGAAUUUACAAGACGUUUAAGUCGUUCAUCAUCAAUUAAUGAUAAUGAUACAACAACAAAUGAUUCAAAUACAAUUAAAUCAUUAAGUAAAUAUGAUACAUCUGUUUUACGUCGAAAUUUAUCAAUUAAUAAUUCAAAUACUAAUUUAAAAAAAACAUAUUUACAAAAACAAAAUAAUUUAAUUGUUAAACAAUCAUUAAAUUCAAUUGAUUAUAUUAUUAAAGAACGAUCAAUUAGUUCAUUACAAGAUAAUUAUCAUCAAAAUCAAUCAAAUGCAAAUGAUCGUCUUAAUCAAAUUCUUAAGAAACAAUUUUUUUUACCAUUUGAAAAAAAUAAAUAA